CCUGCCAUCCAAUAUCGAUUCCCUUUUUUACUCUCUUUCUCCCCCAAUUCCCAUUCAAGCCUCCAUUCCCUAUCUCUCCCUCUGGGCAACCAACAGUAGCCAUGGGAAGAUCUCCUUGCUGUGAGAAAGAGCACACCAACAAAGGAGCUUGGACUAAGGAGGAAGACGAGCGCCUCAUCAAUUACAUCAAACUUCAUGGGGAAGGCUGCUGGCGUUCUCUUCCAAAAGCCGCUGGUUUGCUUAGAUCUGGCAAGAGUUGCAAACUGAGGUGGAUGAACUACCUUAGGCCUGAUCUCAAGAGAGGAAACUUCACUGAAAAGGAAGACGAGCUCAUCAUCAACCUUCACAGCUUACUUGGAAACAAAUGGUCUCUUAUUGCCAGGCGCUUGCCAGGAAGAACUGAUUAUGAGAUAAAGAAUUAUUGCAAGACUCACAUCAAAAGAAAGCUCUACAGCCGUGGAGUUGAUCCUCCAACUCACCGCCCCCUCAACGCCGGCGCCACCUCAACCAAAAGCGCCACCGCCAUCAACACCACGAGUAGCGAGAACAACACCAACAACAGCAAUAACGACAAUAAUAGAGAUUGCUGAGUGGAGAAGCGGCCGUCCGAGCUACUUGGAAAAUUAACUUGGAAGAAAUAAGUUUCUAAGAACCUCCUGACAAAGAAUGAAAAUAAAAAGAGCCAUUCCUGACUUGGUGGGAAAUAAUUUGAUCAGCUUUCUUGACUUUGGUAUUGUGAUAACAAAAGUUCAAAUCAUAUU